UCCUCAUUUUAAACUUGAUAAUGGUGCAUAUUCCUCGAACAUGAUCAUGGAUUGUGUUCUUCGUUCUUGAAUAUUAUUUUAAGAUUCUGUUUCGUUUUACCCGUGAUAUAGGCUUAUUCUAAAGGUGUUGAUCCACUCAGCUUACGUAGCCUUUUGUACGUCUUCAAGAUGGCCAGUGCAAAUUGUCCUGCUGGAGACCCAAAUGGGAGCCCAAAGCAUUCCAACGGUCACGCCAGCCCCCUUGACAUGUUGCGGAGAUUUCACAAACUUCAAGCCGAGCGAGUGGCUGGCUAUGACCUGUUUGAAGAAGCGUUCAACAACUUUAUCGGAGGAGCGCCCGAGUACGACUUCAGCGGGUACAAACAGAGGGUUGCUGAAAUCACCAUUUCCUUCAAGAGAAUCUCGGAGGAAAUCAUCCACAUCAAAAACUCUUUGAAAGACACACACAACAAGGAGGAAAUUUCUGCACUCAUCGACAAAGUUCAAGAGUUGGAAGAAACGAAGCUGAAGAGUACUGCUGACUACCAAAUUGCAAGGAAAAACGCAGCUGACGAGCCAGAGGAUGAGGGAACUAGACAGGAGAUCACUAACCUGCGCCAAAAGCUGGAAGAGUUAGCGCAAGAGAUUACAGAUGCCAUGGAAGACCUCAAGUACGAGUCAGAAGAUUUGUAUGCUCAAGAGAUUGACGAGGAUUCUUUGAGAUGAUGAGAAUGUUGUGUGCUGACGGUUGGUUGGUUGGAUGGAGAAAUUUGUCCGAGAGAGUAGAAAGCCAUGGAUGAGAUGGCUGGGGAGACUUUUGUGUCUAGCAUGGAGGGAGAGAGGACAGGAAGGAGGAUGUGAGUGAUGAGUCAGGGUGAAAGGGGAAUUGUGAGAGUUGUACGCACACGAUGUGGUUGUUUGUUGGUUGGUUGUUUCGGGGUUUUUUUCUGUUUUUUGUUUUUUGUGAGGGGGUGUGGGGGGGGGGGGUUGUCUUUUUACAGAGAAGUAUGUGAUUAUUGUUGACUUCCCAUUAAUGAUUUGCUUAUACUGUUGUUUGAGAGUACCUGACCUUUGUCGUGACUCUGUCCAAAGUUGGUACAAAUGCCUGGGUUGUUUUGUUUUGUUUCCUUAGAUUUAUGUUUUAAAUUUUAUAAAUGUGUAAAUAAAAUACUUGAAUUUACAUCGUAUUUUGAAUAUUUUGAUUCUAAAGAUUAUUUACAAAAUUUAUAUGACAAAUAGAAAAGUAAAUGUAUCAAGAAAAAGAAAUGAAGUGAGGAAGAAGUUGAAUGAGGCAGUAUCCUUUUCAGAUGUACUCUUUAGUAGAAGAAGCAAACUUUCAUGUGCUGUGACUAAAGUGACACUCAGAAAAAGGAAAGCUUCAUAUGGGGGUUAUAUUGCCAGGUCUUACCACUGAAGGGCACAGUCAAUCUAGUCAUUGUAGUCUAUACGUAAAACAGAUCUGUUUCUGUUUGUAAAUGUGUUAUAGUUUUUGUAAAAUUGUCAGUAGGCCUACUUGAAUGGGGACACAGAAAGAGUCUAGGUGAGAUUUUUUUUUUUUUUUUUUUUUUUUUUGGAGGGGGGGUGGGAUGUCAUUGAGUGUUUUUCUUUUUCCUUGAGCGGGAGAUAGCUUUGUGAUAUUAUUGGUUGGAAUAUGUUUACAUUUUUAUGAUUGUAUUCAAUUCGUGUUUGCAAUACUCUUUUAUUUUCCCAUGAUUCAUCUACUGGGGUUCUGGAGGCUCUGAAUUUUUUUUUUACCAUAAACUCCAAGUGUUAAGGAAGAUUCUGAAAAAAACUCGCAGUUUUGGUCAUGGAGGGGUUGGCAGAUUUGGGUAUGGGAAAAUAGGAAAGAUGUUCGGAUGUUGGUCUGAUGAUGAAAGUGUUGAAAGGGAGAGAUACCCUUUCAGGUUUGGGGGGGGGGGGGGUUUGUUUUUUUUUAACUUGUACGUAAUUAUGCUUUCAGUUUCAGGUUGGAGAUUAGCGAGUGUGGUGGGGAGCUUGCAUGAUAUAUAGCAACUUGACAUGAAGUUGUUGUGGCAGAAUACGUGUACAUUAUGAUUUGUUUGUGCAUCUUUGCUUCCAUUUGUGUACAUAGUGACACUGUAUGAAAAGAAUAUUGGUUUUUU